AUGGCGACUCCUUUCCCCCUAGGAUGGUCAAGAUCUAAAAAGAAACUCUACGAGGGUGACUCCGACCCGACUGAGCACAUCAACUUCUUCGUGGGAGCCAUGCAGUAUGCCGGAGCUACCAACCCGAUCUACUGCCGCUGCUUCCCGAUGAGCUUGGGGAAAGGCCCAACGAACUGGUUCCAAAACCUCCCCAACAACUCCAUUCACAACUGGGAGGGAGUCAUGUCAAGCUUCUUAGCCCAGUACUCCUCGGUGAGGAACAUUCCGAAGUCAGAAGAGACCCUGGCCCUAAUCAAGCAGGGCGAGAAGGAAUCCCUGAAGGCUUUCCUUAACCGCUUCAACAAAGAAGCGGGAGACAUUCCGGACCUCCUCCCUCAAGUCCGCCUGAUCUUGGUACGACAGGCGCUCAGGCCAGGUCCUUUUUUGACUUCCCUGGAUGGGAAGAAAGCCAGGACACUGGAAGAAUUUCAAACCCGAUCAGAGAAAUAUAUUAACAUGGAGGAAGCGGCGACAUUGAGAUCAACCAAUCAAAACCCAGGCCAUAGGCCCUCUGAGAAAACCCGAGACCCCGGUGAAACUAAGCGCGAUCGCGAACCCCGACGGAAGAGCCAGGAUGACAAAAAGCAAAAACGGAAGAAGUUCGAUAGUUACACCCCCCUGAACUCUUCUCUCUCCCGCAUCUUGCGGGAGAGAGCCUCCACCGACCUCAGGGACAACCCCCCCCCACUACUCACACGGGGGCAUAAGCUGGAUUCCAAAAGGUUCUGCGAAUUUCACGACAGCCCCGACCAUAACACGGACGAAUGCCUGAACCUGAAAGACAAAGUAGAAGAACUAGUCAGAAUCGGGAGAUUGUCAAAGUACGUCGCCCUCUCCUCCGGCGACCUCCCUCGUCUGCGUUCGCCGCCUCCUAGAAGAUCACCCACCCCGCCCAGAGCCCGGGCCCGGACCUCUCCUAGGAACCGAGCCCGCACACCCCCUCCAGCAAGGAGCCCACGUCAUCACCACAGUCCCGACCGACGCAGGAGCCCCGAUCGUCAUAGAAGUCCAGAUCGACGCCGAUCUCCAGAUCGGCGGGACCAUGACGAAGUACGAAGGCGCCACGAGACUAAUCUAGUCAGUGUUGGAUCGAUUGCUGGAGGAUGGGCCGCCGGCGGACCAUCAAACAACAGUCGGAAGAAGAGCACUCGAGUCAUCAUGUCAGCCGCUGGACGGCCUCGCCCCGACUCCCUCCGCCCCCCGCAGCAGAAAGUUCCCAUCACCUUCACGUAA